UUGUGAACCGAUGGUAUCUGAUUGAGCAACAGAUAAAAGAAAGUACAUGAAGUGCAUUACUUAAGUACGUGGGGAACAUACAGAGGACAGGAGAGUGAAAUGAAGGCAAACCAAUGAACCAAUAAGCCAGCAGGUGGUUUAGUUCAUCGUCAUCAUCAGCAUGUUGCCUAGGGCGGUGAGGGGCGGCCAGGGACUGGCCUUCAAUGUCCUGACGAGAGCAAUGUCCAGGGCAGCGGCGCAGGACAUGCAGGUUGUCCACGAUGAGGAGAAUAUGGAGUUUUACAUCAAGCUAGGGCAAGACAAGGCAUACUUGCAGUAUGACAUACUGGACCCAAAGACAAAGGCAGUUGACCUGCAGCACACAGUGGUCCCUGAAGUGUUCAGAGGACAGGGAAUAGCUAAGGUCCUUGCAAAGGAGGUGUUUGAAUAUUUCAUCAGUAAAGAUCAGCAGAUGAAGCUAACUUGCUGGUAUCUCCAGAAGUAUUAUAAGGAUAACCCUCUACCUCAUUAUACAGAGAAAAUCAUUCAGUCUUAGGCUCCUAGCAAAGGUUCCUACUCAAUGUAAAGGGAAAACAGUAACUAAGAUAGUUUUUGUUUAAACUACAGGUAAUGUUGAAUAACUUAGAUAGUUUUUGUUUAAACUACAGGUAAUGUUGAAUUAAGUACUAUUGUUACAGACAUAAUUUGCUAUAACACUGCAGUAAUAGAAUUCAUGUUAGUUAAUUAUUUAUUAUGACAUUGUUAUUUGGGAACUGAAAUGUUAAUAUGAAUAUAUUCAGUAGUGGUUCAGAGCACUUGAUUAUGCAAGAGAGGAACUGAGAGGAGGAAGGAGACUAGAGCAUGAAUAAAGGAUGGUUGUGCUGCAAUUUCCUGGCUACAGUACUCGGAAACAACUGUCUCUAACAGAAACUAAAUAAAGAAGUAAAGUACUUGGUAAAAAA